AUGGAAGCUAAUAAUCCACCUCCAGGAGAAGAAUUGAUGGAGUCAAUUCUCGCUCCUCUUUUCACGAGGCCGAACUCUAGCAUAGUCAGGCCACCGAUAGAUGCCAACAACCAUGACAUCCAUCCGUCGCUGAUUACUUUGGUGGAGAAGAAUCCUUUUGGUGGAGAAGACUACGAAGAUCCCCAUGACUUUAUGGAUAGAUUUCUGAGAAUCUGUGAUACAACCAAACAUCAUGGAGUAUCCGAUGAUGCAAUCAAACUCCAGUUGUUUCCUUUUGCUUUGACCGGAAAAACCCUGAGAUGGUUGGAUCGACAAGCUCCUAACAGUAUCCGCACAUGGAACGAGUUGGCAUCCAAGUUCUUUGCUGAGCACUUUUCCAGGGAAAAGUACAAUAAGUUGGUGAAUGAAAUCAGCAACUUCACUCAACAACCGGGAGAGACUCUGUGUGCAGCCUGGACCAGAUUCCAGGAGUUGAUCAGAAAAUGCCUCCAAUACGACUUGCCAGAUACCAAGAAGGUCAGAGUCUUCUACAAUGGAAUGACACCAGAUUCUAGAAUGGUUGUCAACGGUGCAGUCAGUGGAACCAUAGGAAAGAAGACAACAGCUCAAACUCUGGAGCUGAUUGAUUACAUGGCAUGGAACGAGAAUGCUUCAAUGGAAGUUCACCCGGUUCAACCAGUUCAACCGAAGAAAGGACUUCUGCAGCUGGGGAACAAUGAUGCAUCACUAGCGGAGCAAAAGAUUAUAUCUCAACAGCUAGCUAGCAUGAAUGCUAAGUUAGACAAGAUGCAAAUCUCUACAGCUCAGGUUAAUUCAGUUAACUGCGAGUACUGCAAAGGGGAGCAUGAGACUAAUGAGUGCCCAACACUCAUGGGAGCUGAACCAUUCCAGAGGAAUCAGAAUGGUGCUCAAGGAAGCAAUUUUCAAAGGAGAAGUCAAGGUGGAGGGUUGGAUUAUAAAUCCAACAAUUAUUUGCAACCUCCUCCUCUUCCACAUAAAGAGCUAUCUGAACUAGAGAAAGCAAUGUUGCAGAUUUCCAAGACCACAAAUGAUCACAUGCAGAUUACUGAUGCCUUCAUGAAUGAGACAAGAGCCUAUCACAAAAUUCAAGAUGCUUCCAUUCGGAACUUGGAGAACCAGAUAGGCCAGUUGUCUGCUAGCUGA